UUUUCACUGCUCAGUACUCAGUCUGUUGCGGUCCGCCAUUUUUUACUUCGGGAGCGUGUGAUUUCGCGUCGUGUUUUAUCGCGUUGUUUUACGGAAAUACUGACUUGGUUCUAGGUCGAGCCGAAAAUGCCGGGUUUUAGUAGCGUUGGCACAUUUAAGAUCUUCAUCGGUAAUUUAGCCGACAAGACGUCGAAUGCCGAUAUUAAACCGUUGUUUGAAAAAUACGGAAAGGUCAUAGAAUGCGACGUGGUCAAAAACUAUGGCUUUGUGCAUAUGGAGAACGAGGAGGCAGGUAGGAACGCGAUACAGAAUCUGAACGGCCACGUGGUUCACGGGCAGCCGAUCAAAUGCGAGGCUGCAAAGAGUCGCAAGGGACCGAACACUCCCACGACCAAAAUCUUUGUCGGCAAUCUCACAGACAACACGAAGGCGCCGCAAGUGCGCGAACUUUUCGCCAAGUACGGCACAGUUGUAGAGUGCGAUAUCGUGAGAAAUUACGGGUUCGUCCAUCUAGAAGCAACAGGUGACGUCAAUGACGCCAUCAAGGAGUUGAACGGGCAGAUGGUGGACGGCCAACCGAUGAAGGUUCAAAUCUCCACCAGCAGAGUACGUCAGAGGCCAGGAAUGGGUGAUCCGGAACAAUGCUACCGCUGCGGUCGCGGCGGUCACUGGUCCAAGGAGUGCCCCAAGGGAGGAAUGGGAGGAGGACCGGAUAGGAACGGAUACAGAGAACGAAUGUUUGGACGCGACCCGUAUCCUCCACCGCCGCCACCACCGUUCCUUCGGGACCGGCUGAUGGGUGGUGGCCGCUUUGGAGACUACGAAAGCUACUAUGACAGGAGGGGCUUCGAGGACACCAGGGAUCUCUACGAGAGGCGGUUUACGGGUAUGGGAUCCAUGCGUGACACUGGCUUCUCCCGUGGCAACGAGUACGGAAUGUUCAGCCGCCGAUCACCCCCUCCGAGUGGCAACAACGGCCGGUUCAGUAGAGGCAUGUACGAGGACUUCAGCCGAGAUUCAUUCGAAGAGCGUAGACCGGGAUUACGAGGGCCAUCGCCGUCGCGCCGGUUCGCACCAUACUAAAUCGUCGCGUCGGGAUCGGUCUGUGUCGCUCUGUCUGUGUCUGUCUGUCGUCGUCGUCGUCGUCGUCCUCGUCGUCUUCGUCGUCGUCGUCUUCGUCGUCGUCGUCGUCAUCGUCGUCGUCGUCGUCGAAGUCUGUCGAGUCUGUCUAUCGCUAACAGGAAGCCUCGGGACCGAGUUACUCUUGGCCGUCUGUCGAUCUGCACGCGCGAAGAUCCACCAUACACGCUCGCCCGACCGCUCUAUCGGAACUAAGUACACAUGUAACGUUAUAGACGGAUUAACCGCAAAUGAAAACCGAGAGGCCAUCGAACGCCGAACGAGACGCUUAAAACGAAAAAACAAAACAAAAUGAAUACCGAAUCAACCGAUGCUAAAAACCGAUCGGAUAAAUCGUCGAAGAAGUACCGAAAAUUCGCAACACUUUUCUUGUUACACGCGCGCCUCGCCUCCUCCUCUCUCGACCGGUCCGGUUUCUCUUUUAUCCAGUCUCCCCGGAAACUAUUCACCGUCACGACCAUGAUUUCUUCGUUUCCCGCUUUCCGUGUCCUGUAGACGGAUUGUCCUCCGCAAUAAUAGUCUUUACCGCAUCGCCGAGGACGAGACGCGCCCCGUCGUUCGAUCGCAUUUAGGCGUUUUCUCGAUGUACAACAAGAUUACGAUCCACAUUGGCAUCCUCCCACCGAGAGAAUCCUUCGAGAAUUCGCUUUUCGUGAACACAAACGUGUCCGGUGUACGAGUAUCGUUCGCGUAAAACAGCAAAGAUCUGUAUUCGCACUUCGUGGAGGAAUAUCGUUGAAGGCCAAAGCUCGAACGAACGCUUCGGUAGGAUGAUGCUUUUGGUGACCAUAUAUAUAUAUAUAUAUAUAUAUAUAAAUAUUGACACACACCAUGCUCUGCUGAUUUCUCCCUUGCACAGCCGUUUCUUCGCGACGCGAACUAUGCGCGCGUUCGUUUCCAUUCGGUCGUGAGCCCAAAAGCACUCGAACGCUGGUUUAAAAAAAUCUCGAUUACGGUUGCAGUCGCGGAGCAUCGUGUGGAGAAACGAGUCGAACGGCCCUUUACACCACCGUAUACCUUCUUCGUUGUCUCUCGAGUCCCGCAGCGGAACGCGUCGCGUUCAGAUCAGCGUAAAUUUCCGCGGCAAAACUGUUGCUCGAGCAGCGGACGUCCGUGAUAUAUAUGCGUGUCUCCAAUUAUUGUAACGUUAAUCCGAGAGAGAGUCGUUCCGAUAGAUGUGCGUGUUUCGAAGGCGUCGACGAUUUCGUAGCAGCAAAAGAACAACACCACACACACGGGGACGAUCGAUUGCGCGCGUGAUCGGUGGAUCGUAACCCUCGUCGCUUCCCAUAGAUCGUCACGAUUUGUUCGAAGAUCAGCCGCGCGAACACGUGGAACAGAAAGUCGCGCGUUCCGUCGCGUCGUCGCCGCCUCUCGUCGAAUUUGUCUGGAACGUUUGUUUCGAAAUCUCUCGGACGUUUCACCGAUCGGUGUAGCGUUGCGUCGUCGUCGCGACGAGACCCGAUUUAUUUAUACGCCACGCGCGAACCGAGAAAUCUUUGAGGAGUAAAGCUUGACAGUACGAACGGUAGAGAACGGUGACAGUAACGCAGAAAUCGUGCACACCAAUUACGCGCAGAUCAUUCUUUCCGAGAAACGAGACGAGACGAGAAAAGCGUGCAGGUUCGACUGUCCAGGAAUUGUCCCGCCGAUCCGUAUAUAAAGAAAAAGAAAAAAAAAUGAGAUAAAAGAAUAAGUAAUUCGUAAGGGUUGACAAACUUUCUUCUUUUCCGUUUCUUCUAUUUUUUUUGUUUUGUUUUUUGAUCUUUUGUCCGACAUAUAACGUAGAGAUACUCGUAGAACGACGAUGCGUCGGUUCUGUAUGGGAACCCGAGCGGGUCGUGCGAACAUUAUAUCGUUAGCCUGUAGUACACGUAAUAAUACCGUUUUAUUAACAAAUUAGGAUUAAUUGACGUAAAAGAGAAAACACAACAAGAAAGGAAACGCUAAAAGUGCAGAAUUACCGAGAAACUAAUUGUGGUAGGUCCGCCGUAAGUGCGUUCCGUUUUAAGCUUAUACGUACCGUAAUCGAUAACGAUGGAUCGCCCGUUAUCCUUCCGAUUUUGUUUCGUUCCGAACAACGUGUGUCGCACGUUGAUGCGUCGAGAUGUCUUUCGCCACCACCCCCUUUUUUUCCGAACCUCACGACACAACACCCCUUUUAUUAUUCUCUUCCCCGCCGCAAGUGGGUCUCCUCGUUAUUUCGUCGACAAGACACACCCGCGUUUUCAAUGAUAAUUAUAUUAAUAAUGGUAAUCGUAAUGAUAAUGGAUUAAAGACAAACGAAUAUGUAAUAACAAAUGUACUUGUGGAAUUCACAAAACAAAAAAAUACGGCGUUUUGCGUGUU